CCGGGAGAGACGAGGGGUCCAGCCUGCGGGCUUGUUUCCCAGAGUGCGGGGGGCCGUGCCGGGGAGUGUGGGUGCUCGGGACUAACACCAGACAGAGGAACAGCUGAAGCCGUGGAGGAGGGAGGGUCAGGAUGGAGCCCGUGGCCCCGAGGAAAGCUGGCUCCGAGCAGGAGGAGGGCUUUGGGGUGCACCCCAGGAGGGCUGCAGACCUGGGCAUGGUCCCCAACCUCCGUCGAAGCAACAGCAGCCUUUGCAGGAACAGACGGCUGCCCGGUGUGUUCAGCAGCGCCGAGAAGCAGGAAAACCUGACUUCAUGGAUCCCCGAGAACAUCAAGAAGAAAGAAUGCGUGUACUUUGUGGAGAGUUCCAAACUGUCGGAUGCUGGGAGGGUGGUGUGUGCGUGUGGCUACCCGCGGGAGCGGCACCUGGAGGAGGCCACCAGGCCCCACGCCUUCCAGGGCAAGGAGUGGGACCCCAAGAAGCACGUCCAGGAGAUGCCCACGGACGCCUUCGGGGACAUCGUCUUCACGGGCCUGGGCCAGAAGGCGGGGAAGUACGUGCGUGUCUCCCAGGACACGCCAUCCAGCCUCAUCUACCACCUCAUGACCCAGCACUGGGGCCUGGACGACCCCAACCUCCUCAUCUCAGUGACCGGAGGUGCCAAGAACUUCAACAUGAAGCUCCGGCUGAAGAGCAUCUUCCGGAGAGGCCUGGUCAAGGUGGCCCAGACCACAGGGGCCUGGAUCAUCACCGGGGGUUCCCACGCGGGCGUGAUGAAGCAGGUGGGCGAGGCGGUGCGGGACUUCAGCCUGAGCAGCAGCUACAAGGACGGGGGCGUCACCACCAUCGGCGUGGCCACCUGGGGCACCAUCCACAACCGGGAGGGCCUGGUCCACCCCACGGGUGGCUUUCCCGCUGAGUACCUGCUGGACGAGGAAGGCCAGGGGAACCUGACCUGCCUGGACAGCAACCACUCCCACUUCAUCCUGGUGGACGACGGGACGCACGGCCAGUACGGGGUGGAGAUCCCUCUGAGGACCAAGCUGGAGAAGUUCAUAUCAGAGCAGACGAAGGAACGCGGAGGCGUGGCCAUCAAGAUCCCCAUUGUGUGCGUGGUGCUGGAGGGCGGCCCGGGCACGCUGCACACCAUCUACAACGCCAUCACCAACGGCACGCCCUGCGUGGUGGUGGAGGGCUCCGGCCGCGUGGCCGACGUCAUCGCACAGGUGGCCAACCUGCCUGUCUCCCAGAUCACCAUCUCCCUGAUCCAGCAGAAGCUCGGCGUGUUCUUCCAGGAGAUGUUUGAGACCUUCACCGAGAGCAGUAUUGUCGAGUGGACCAAAAAGAUUCAAGAUAUCGUCCGGAGGCGGCAGCUGCUGACCGUCUUCCGGGAAGGGAAGGAUGGCCAGCAGGACGUGGACGUGGCCAUCCUGCAGGCCCUGCUGAAAGCCUCGCGGAGCCAGGACCACUUUGGCCACGAGAACUGGGACCACCAGCUGAAGCUGGCGGUGGCGUGGAACCGCGUGGACAUCGCCCGCAGCGAGAUCUUCACGGACGAGUGGCAGUGGAAGCCCUCCGACCUGCACCCCACCAUGACGGCCGCCCUCAUCUCCAACAAGCCGGAGUUUGUGAAGCUGUUCCUGGAGAACGGGGUGCGGCUGAAGGAGUUCGUCACGUGGGACACGCUGCUCUACCUCUACGCCAACCUGGAGCCCUCCUGCCUGUUCCACUACAAGCUGCACAAGGUGCUGGCGGAGGAGCCGGAGCGGCCGGCCUGCGCGCCCCGCCCGGCCCGCGUGCACAUGCACCACGUGGCCCAGGUGCUGCGGGAGCUGCUGGGGGACUCCACGCAGCCGCUGUACCCCCGGCCACGCCACGGGGACCGGCCGCGGCUCUCGCUGCCCGUGCCCCACAUCAAGCUCAACGUGCAGGGCGUGAGCCUCCGGUCCCUCUACAAGCGCCCAGCCGGCCAGGUGGCCUUCACCAUGGACCCCAUCCGCGACCUCCUCAUCUGGACCAUCGUGCAGAGCCGGCGGGAGCUGGCGGGGAUCAUCUGGGCCCAGAGCCAGGACUGCACUGCGGCCGCACUGGCGUGCAGCAAGAUCCUGAAGGAGCUGUCGAAGGAGGAGGAGGACACGGACAGCUCCGAGGAGAUGCUGGCGCUGGCCGAGGAAUUUGAACACAGAGCCAUCGGCGUCUUCACCGAGUGCUACCGGAAGGACGAGGAGAGGGCUCAGAAGCUGCUGGUCCGAGUGUCGGAGGCCUGGGGGAAGACCACCUGCCUGCAGCUGGCCCUGGAGGCCAAGGACAUGAAGUUCGUGUCUCAGGGGGGCGUCCAGGCCUUCCUGACCAAGGUGUGGUGGGGUCAGCUGUGUGUGGACAAUGGGCUGUGGCGGGUCAUCCUGUGCAUGCUGGCCUUCCCGCUCCUCUUCACGGGCCUUGUCUCCUUCAGGGAGAAGAGGCUGCAGGCCGUGGGCAGCCCGGCCCGCAUCCGCGCCUUCUUCAACGCGCCGGUGGUCAUUUUCCACCUGAACACCCUGUCCUACUUCGCCUUCCUCUGCCUGUUCGCCUACGUGCUCAUGGUGGACUUCCAGCCCACACCCUCUAGGUGCGAGUGCCUCAUCUAUGUCUGGCUCUUCUCCCUGGUGUGCGAGGAGGCACGGCAGCUCUUCUAUGACCCCGAUGAGUGUGGGAUCAUGAAGAUGGCGUCCUUGUACUUCAGCGACUUCUGGAACAAGCUGGACGCCGGUGCCAUCCUGCUCUUCAUAGCUGGGCUGACCUGCCGGCUCGUCCCCGCGACACUGUACCCGGGGCGCGUCAUCCUCUCUCUGGACUUCAUCAUGUUCUGCCUCCGGCUCAUGCACAUUUUCACUGUCAGCAAGACGCUGGGGCCCAAGAUCAUCAUCGUGAAGAGGAUGAUGAAGGACGUCUUCUUCUUCCUCUUCCUCCUGGCCGUGUGGGUGGUGUCCUUCGGGGUGGCCAAGCAGGCCAUCCUCAUCCACAACGAGAGCCGUGUGGACUGGAUCUUCCGAGGGGUCGUGUACCACUCGUACCUCACUAUCUUCGGGCAGAUCCCGGCCUACAUUGAUGGCGUGAAUUUCAACAUGGACCAGUGCAGCCCCAAUGGCACGGACCCCUACAAGCCCAAGUGUCCGGAGAGCGACGCGGCGCGCCAGGCCCCCGCCUUCCCCCAGUGGCUGACGGUCAUCCUGCUCUGCCUCUACCUGCUCUUCACCAACAUCCUGCUGCUCAAUCUCCUCAUCGCCAUGUUCAACUACACGUUCCAGGAGGUCCAGGAGCACACGGACCAGAUCUGGAAGUUCCAGCGGCACGACCUGAUUGAGGAGUACCAUGGCCGGCCGCCCGCGCCGCCCCCCUUCAUCCUGCUCAACCACCUGCAGCUGCUCAUCAAGAGGCUGGUCCUGAAGAUCCCGGCCAAGCGCCACAAGCAGCUCAAGAACAAGCUGGAGAAGAAUGAGGAGGCGGCCCUGCUCUCGUGGGAGCUGUACCUGAAGGAGAACUACCUACAGAGCCAGCAGCAGCAGCAGCGCCAGCGGCCAGAGCAGCAGAUGCAGGACAUCAGCAACAAAGUGGACACCAUGGUGAGCCUGCUGGACAUGGACCAUGUGAAGAGGUCGGGCUCCAUGGAGCAGAGACUGGUCGCCCUGGAGGAGCAGGUGACCCAGACCGCCCGGGCCCUGCAGUGGAUCGUGACCUCACUCAAGGACGCUGGCUUUGGCGCGGCAGUGGAGGCUCCCACUCUGGCGCCGCCGAAGGCCUGCGAGGAGCUGGACGGGGAGCCCGGCGUCAGGAAGAAGGCGGAAGAGCCGGGGGACAGCUACCACGUGCACGCCCGCCACCUCCUCUACCCCAGCUCCCCGGUCUCCCGCUUCCCGGUGCCCAAUGAGAAGGUGCCGUGGGAGACGGAGUUCCCGAUCUACCACCCUCCUUUCCACACGGCUGAGAAGAAGGACGUGGCCCUCGUGGACCCUGUGGGAGACGCCCCAGAACCUCUGACCAGGAUCCGCUACAAUGCCCUGGACGGGCUGACGGACCGCCGCAGCUUCCACGGGGCCUAUGCGGUCCAGGAGGGGCUCCCGCGGAACCCCAUGGGACGCACGGGGCUGCGGGGGCGCGGCAGCCUCCGCUGGUUUGGACCCAACCACACGCUGCAUCCUGUGGUCACCCGGUGGCGGAGGAACCAGGACGGAGCCAUCUGCAGGAAGAGCAUCAAGAAGAUGCUGGAGGUGCUGGUGGUGAAGCGCCCCGGCUCCGAGCACUGGGCCUUGCCUGGGGGCUCCCGGGAGCCAGGGGAGGCGCUUCCCCGGAAGCUGCGGCAAGUGCUCCGGCAGGAGUUCUGGGAGCCCUUCGAGGCGCUGCUGGCACAGGGCGCAGAGGUGUACAAAGGGUAUGUGGACGACCCGAGGAACACCGACAACGCCUGGGUUGAGACGGUGGCUGUCAGCAUUCACUUCCGGGACCAGAACGACUUGGAACUGAAGAGGCUGAACUCGCACCUGCGUGCCCGCGACCCGGAGGUGGCCGUGCGAUGGCAGGUGGUGGACAGGCGCACCCCCCUCUACCCGAGCCACAAGUCCAUCCUGCAGAAGGCCGCUGCCCUGUUCACAGCCCACUACUGACGCGGCGCGAUGCUGGGCCGGCCGGGCGGCUCCAUGGGCGGCAAGGCCCAGCCGGACGUGGCCUCCUGCCCGGUGGGCCGGUGGCUGGACGGAACGCAGAGGACACGGGGCGCAAGGAGCCCUGGGCCGGGCGAGGAGCUGCUGCCCUGCCAGGUGUGCGGACUCACUGUCUGAACCGGAACCAACCGGGUGGCCCUCGGGGCGAGGCCAGCCUGCAGCGUGGCUGCCCCCCGCCCCCCGCUGGGUUCCCUUUGGGCUGGUGUCAUCCGAGCGGCACCCCCAGAGCUGGCCUGAGAUUCGGGGUCCCCUGCAGCCUGGGGCCUGUGCCUGCAAGGACGGGGCGCGGGGAGGGGCCUUGCCCACCAGACGUCACCUCAUGCCAAACGUGACCUAGUGUGACUCUCGGCUGGCGGCGCUCACGGUCAGGGCAGGGCCCCGGGGUGGCCACGCCGGGCCUCCUCCCACGGCAGACUCCUGCCCCGUCUGCAGGAGCCCAGAGAGGCCGCGCUCUCCCCCUGCCCUCCUGGGGAAGGCCCUGGCACGGGUGGGCGGGCGGUAGGACUGGUGGUGUGCAGGCCGGGACUCACCGAGGAGCCUCAGACGCCACUGGAUGGACGGGAGCCAUGCGGGGGCUGGCGACCCGAGUCUUUGAACCCUCCUUACGUCUCAGUCUGCCAACAUUUCCACACGUAAAGUCACUGAUAUGUCCUGUGGCUGGGCUGUGACUCUGUGGUUCCUGUGGUCAUUUCCUGUGGGCACCAUGGUCCCUCUGACCUUCUUCACUUUCCUAAACCCAGGUUCCAGUGUUGGCCAAGGCCUCCAAGCUGAGGCCUCGCACACGCACAUCUCCCCUGGCUCACCCCACA